GGACCAUUCACAGUCACUUACCUUAGCCUUUUCCCCUUUGCUACGUGGAAAGGCUGAGCAUUAGGUUUUGUGAUCCUGGAAAGAACCGCAAGGUAGAAAGGCAACGGUUUGACGCCAAGAAGGAAGGGCGGACAAAGUGGAUCCACGUUUUUGGAUACGCUCAAAAUAGGCGUUCAUGCUACUGUUAUCGCUACUACAGCAGUUGAGAGAGACACUGGACGCUUGGACGGGAGUCCCUGGAAGUCUGGGGUAUCUCCUGAUUAUUGGAUUGGUCGUUGCCGGAUAUUCCUACACCAGUGCCUCUCUCAUCGCUGAUACUAAAGAUAUGCCAGAAGAAGAGGAGCAACCCGAUCCGCCACGCAACUUUACUGCAAAGCAGCUACGGUAUUUCAAUGGAGAAAAAGAAGACAAGGGCGAUGAUCUGAAACCGGUAUAUCUUUCGGUGAACGGAACCGUGUUUGAUGUGUCCGAUGGCCGGAACUUUUACGGCCCCGACGGCCCCUACGCUGCGUUUGCGGGACGCGAAUGCGGCGUGGCUCUCGCCAAAAUGUCCUUUGACGAGGAACACCUCGACGAUUUCGAUGGUUGUACCAAACUGAAUCCCGGUGAAAAGAUGGAGUUGGAAGGAUGGAUUGAUAAGUUUACGUACUAUCGACCGUAUCCGAUCAAAGGUCGACUGAUUCCCGACCAAUGUAUGCCAUCCCCAGAACGAGUACUCUCGAAAGAGGAGUUAGCCAAAAACAAUGGUAAAGGUCCAACACCGGAAGGUUAUGCGACGCCUCCGAUAUACAUUGGUGCCGGUGACAAAGUUUUUGAUAUGUCGUUUGGGGGUGUCACCUUUUACGGUGAGGGUGGUCCUUACCAUAGGUUCGCCGGUUACGACGUUUCCCGUUCCUUGGCCAAGAUGAGUUUAGAUGAGGAAGACAUCAAGAACUCGGAUGUUAGUGAUAUGAGUGAGAAGCAACUAAAAAUCAUGAACGAUUGGAUCAAAACUUUUGAGGAGCGUAAAAGCUACCCACUUGUGGGCAAGCUAGCAAAGUAG